AUGGAACCGCAAUUCUCCAUCUGUGAAAUUGAUGAAUUCAUGACAGCCUACCUUCCGGACGCCAGUCAAAAGACUUUCGACUCCGUUAUUCGCGAACUGGAGAGGGAGAAGGUCCUAGCACUCCGCCAGCCGUCUCGGGGACGACAACGUUCAACGAACAACCAACGGCCAAUUUAUACACAUGCUCUCAACGUAUUCAAGGGUCUUUUCCGCCAGGGUUCCGCCAAAACCACUCGCGUCAUCGAGUCGCUCCAAGGCGUCGCAACCGCAGUGCAAAAAGCGCUACAGAAAGUUACUGGAACAAACAUCAAGACCCGUGCUAUUCGAGCGAGCAAGAUUGAGGACGAGUGUCCGUCUGAGGCUUAUCUCACCGCUAAUCUUGAUGGACCAGUUCGGUAUACUGACGUCCUCGUCCCGCUAACGGUCACCGGUCUCAAGUCAGCCACUGACGAGACUCACGUCGAUCCCACUGAGGGUCUUUUUCGCAUAAUGAAAGGCGAUGUACGCCGAAAAUUUUCCUUCGCGAUCACCGUUCAAGGCGAGAACAUGUCACUGUGGUAUCUUUCUCGGCCACUCUGCGUGAAGACAGCACCGAUCAGCAUAUUCAAUCACCCCGACUUUCUCAUUCACGUUCUCGUCGGAUUUCUAUCUGCGACGGAGCAACAGCUUGGAUACGACUCGCUCGUCACCCUUCUCCAAGACCGUACCUACGUCUACGAAUUACCGCCUGAUGGCCAACGGUUGGAACCUCUGUACUACCGGACUAUUGAGCUCGUGUCAGAGAUCCACGCACAAGACCCUGCUGGCCGCAGUACACGCGUCUGGCGAGUGCAAAGGGUGGUGUCUAAGACCGACCCUACCCAAAUACCCGGAGAGCCGGAGGUGAUUCUCAAGGACGCCUUCUUGGACCGACAUACCCCAACAGAAGCCGAUGUUCAGGAGCGGCUCUUCCAAGACAUCACCGUUUUCUCUCGGAAGAAGGACUGGCGAAAUCAGUCGAUUCUGAAAGAUUUCCCCAGCGCUGACUUGCAGUAUCUCGCGGAAGCGUUGACCGGCGAGAACUUCAAGAAUUAUUUCUCUUGCAUCACCGACAAGUUCCUGAGCGCCCCGUUGGAUACGUCCACCUUGCCUCUGGGUCAAACAUCGACGUCGGGUACCAGCGCGCAUCCUGGGCUUCCAAAGCGUCGAUGCUUUUUCGUUUACGAAUUGAUCUGCACUCCGCUUUCCGACAUUCCGACGCUCGGGGAGGCCAUCGAUGUCCUCAGACAAUGCAGAACAGCCCUUCAGCUCAUGUUCUGCGCCGGGUGGCUCCACGGCGAUUUGAGCCCGGGAAAUAUUCUGGCGUUCCGGUCGAGCCCAGAUACCCCCUGGCAGGUGAAACUCUCCGACCUCGAAUUCUCCAAAAAAUUCCCUAUUACAGGUGCCGCAAUAGACGAAGUAGUGAUGGGUACACCCCAGUUCAUAGCAUCCGAAUUGCAAUCGUCCCGCUACAUCUACCCACGAACAAGGAAGAAAGGCCAAAGCGGGAAGGGUAUUCGCCCCAAACUGAGGGUGGUGCGCAACUUCCAACACGAUGUAGAAUCGAUGUUUUGGAUUAUCCUCUGGCUUGUAACGAUGAGAGCCAUCAAGAGCUUGUCUCGCGCUUUUCCGAAGGAAUACUUCGGAUUCCGAAUCCCCGAAGGGACCAUGGCUGCGCGCUUUAACCUCCUAACCCAGGGGAAUUCGCUUUGGGAGCUCCCCGACUUCGAGGAUUCAAUUCCGCCACCCCUUCGGGAUGAAGACUGCCCCUUCCUCGAUGAACUCGACGACAUUCGGUACGACCUCCAAGACCAAUACGAAACGCGCAAUAAGGAGGGACGCCAAGGCGACAUCGAAGCCUAUUCCCGGAUUAUGGGCGAAGCCAUGUCGACCUUCUUCAACAGAAUCGAGGGUUCGAGAGAGAAAUGGGAAGGUGUUCAGUUGUACACUGAUUUGACUCUUCAUCCCGCACAUAGGAGGGACGCCACUGUCCUGCUGCCUGCUCUAUCGCCCUCGAUGAAACGGAAGUUGGAGGAUCCUGAAGCCCCCGUUCCGUCACGGCGAAUAGGCGGUGACGCUGAUCGACCUCGCAAGCGAGUGCGAUUGGAUGUUCAGUCUCCUUGUCAACGAGCUGGUCCAGUGACGAGGUCCAUGACGAGAAGCCAGGCUCAGGCGGGCCCUAUGACCAGAUCAGCGACUCGUCGGCUCCAGCAAUCGACCACCAAAGGGGUAGCAGCUAUGCCCACUCGAUCAUCGACUCGCAAAACUCCCCGAUAA